AGUAAUCUCGCGAGAGUCUGUGAAGCGGCCGUGAUGGCGACGGCGGGAAGCGGACCUGGACCUGGAGUGGUUGCCGGCCCUGGUCCGGUGGUGGCCGCAAACGCACCAGCGGUGGAAGAGGGAGAGACGAAGCCGGUGGUAGCAGUGGCCACCGCCCCAGCUGGAGAGGGGACGUGUGCUGUUCCAGCAGCGGAGCCUGGUUCCGGAGAGGCCGAAAGCGGGGAUGCAAACUUGGUUGAUAGGGAGGUUGGUGGUUUGGAGACAGAAUCUUCUAAUGGAAAAGAUACACUAGAAGGAGCUGGGGAUACUUCAGAGGUGAUGGAUACCCAGGCGGGCUCUGUGGAUGAAGAGAAUGGCCGACAGUUGGGAGAAGUGGAGCUGCAGUGUGGGAUAUGUACAAAAUGGUUCACAGCAGAUACCUUUGGCAUAGAUACCUCAUCCUGUCUACCUUUCAUGACCAACUACAGUUUUCAUUGCAAUGUAUGCCAUCAUAGUGGGAACACCUAUUUCCUCCGGAAGCAAGCAAAUUUGAAGGAAAUGUGCCUUAGUGCUUUGGCCAACUUAACAUGGCAGUCCCGAACGCAGGAUGAACAUCCAAAAACCAUGUUUUCCAAAGAUAAGGAUAUUAUACCAUUUAUUGAUAAAUACUGGGAGUGCAUGACAACAAGACAGAGACCUGGGAAAAUGACUUGGCCAAAUAACAUUGUUAAAACAAUGAGUAAAGAAAGAGAUGUAUUCUUGGUAAAGGAACACCCUGAUCCUGGGAGUAAAGACUCAGAAGAAGAUUACCCCAAAUUUGGACUUCUGGAUCAGGAUCUUAGUAACAUUGGUCCUGCUUAUGACAACCAAAAACAAAGCAGUGCUGUGUCUACCAGUGGGAAUCUAAACGGAGGAAUUGCAGCAGGAAGCAGUGGAAAAGGAAGAGGAGCUAAGCGUAAACAACAGGAUGGAGGGACCACAGGGACCACCAAGAAGGCCCGGAGUGACCCUUUGUUUUCUGCUCAGCGUCUUCCCCCUCAUGGCUACCCCUUGGAGCACCCAUUUAACAAAGAUGGCUAUCGGUAUAUUCUAGCUGAGCCUGAUCCCCACGCCCCUGACCCUGAGAAGCUUGAGCUUGACUGCUGGGCAGGAAAACCCAUUCCUGGAGACCUCUACAGAGCCUGCUUGUAUGAACGGGUUUUGUUAGCCCUGCAUGAUCGAGCUCCACAGUUAAAGAUCUCUGAUGACCGGCUAACUGUGGUUGGAGAGAAGGGCUACUCCAUGGUGCGGGCCUCUCACGGGGUACGGAAAGGUACCUGGUACUUUGAAAUCACUGUGGAUGAGAUGCCACCAGACACCGCUGCCAGACUGGGUUGGUCCCAGCCCUUAGGCAACCUUCAAGCGCCCUUAGGUUAUGAUAAAUUUAGCUAUUCUUGGCGGAGCAAAAAGGGAACCAAGUUCCACCAGUCCAUUGGCAAGCAUUACUCUUCCGGCUACGGACAGGGAGACGUCCUGGGAUUUUAUAUCAGUCUUCCUGAAGAUACAGAAACCGCCAAGUCGCUGCCUGAUACUUACAAAGAUAAGGCUUUGAUAAAGUUCAAGAGUUAUUUGUAUUUUGAAGAAAAAGACUUUGUGGAUAAAGCAGAGAAGAGCCUAAAGCAGACUCCCCAUAGUGAGAUAAUAUUUUAUAAAAAUGGUGUCAAUCAAGGCGUGGCUUACAAAGAUAUUUUUGAGGGGGUUUACUUUCCGGCCAUCUCACUGUACAAAAGCUGCACGGUUUCCAUCAACUUUGGACCGUGCUUCAAGUAUCCUCCGAAGGAUCUCACUUACCGCCCUAUGAGUGACAUGGGCUGGGGCGCUGUGGUGGAACAUACUCUGGCUGAUGUCUUAUAUCAUGUGGAAACAGAAGUGGAUGGGAGACGGAGUCCCCCGUGGGAACCCUGACCAGGUCCCCCUCUCUUUCCAGACAUGGACUUUGUGGGGAAUAAUACUGAGUGUAUUUUGUUUCAAACGUUCUCCCUAAGAUGCUGCAGAACACAGUCUCUACUUUCAGCAAGUUGAAAGGCUGGGGCAGAAACGGGUAAACUCCCUGCCCCCUAGUAUUCUUCCCUCACUUUCGGUGAACUCUCUUGUUUUGCGUACCAUUUGCCAACAACUGCUAACCCCACCAUCCAGUUAAGUUCCCUGUGAAAUUGGUGCUGUACCACAUACUCUGCCAGCUGGGAUUCGUUAUCCUAUUGUCUUUUCUAAGGAUUUGAAUAGUCUUGUCCAAGUAGGUAACUUUUUGAAAGACAUUUCCUUCUGUGGGUACUGACUCCAUCCCACCUGAUGUCUAAGGAAGUGGUCGGCCUGUUUCUGAGAAGAACUGAAAUCAAUGGCUGCACAUUCCAAACCAAUCUAAAAACUGUUUCCUUUUGUUGUGAGUUUGUUUGUGUUAUUAGUUUUGAAUGUACUUUUGAACACUGGGAUCUCUGAAAUUAAUAGGUCUCUAGAACUGUACUUGUGAAAGGAACUUGCUUGCAGCUUUAACAAAGUUAGAAACUCUAAAUAAAACUUGUUUUCAAGUUUUUGUGGCACUUUAGUUCCUUGUCAUGUGGGAUUCCUCUUGAUGACUUUGUCAAACAUGUGGGCCGCAUGAGGAAGGAAAGCAGGCAUUGGAGGGGAGACACAGGUUCUUCUGACCUGUGUCUCACCCCUCCCCUACUGCUGCUUUUAUAGCCAGCCACAUCAGUCACUCCUUUAUCCUGUGAAAAUCAGUCCUUCAGGGAGGUGGAUGAGGAUUCAAGAGGGAGAAUGGUUUCCCUCCUACUCUUUUCCUUGAACAUGAAUGUUGGUAUUGCAGGUUGUUUUCCUGACUUGCUUAUCCUCCUUUGCUUAAAAGGGCAGUUUUCAGAAUACUGAAAUCUGGAAUGUGAGAAUGAGCCUUCCCUUGGGAUCGCUUUAUGGCUUCCCUGUCUCCUUUUUUCAUGUGAGAACAACACAUCAGUCUUAUGAUAAAUGGAUCUCUCCCAGGAUUGCCCCAGAGACACCUGCAUGUCACUUUACCUAGGUAAAAAAGUGGCUCACCACGAGGUAGGCAAUAUGUUGCCAAGAAUCAUCAUAUUUAAUGCCUUUGGCUCUUCUGAAUAUCUUGUAGUCAUUUUCCUGCUUAAGAAAUUUCCCAAAUUUCAAGUGAAUGUUGGUAUCUUAACAUAGCAGCUUUAACCAAUGAUAUUUUUCUCUCAAUAAAUUACCGCAGUUCUUUGUUUUGGCCAUUUCA